AUGCUCAACAUAAACAGGAGAAGAGACUUCUUGCAACAGAUGCCGUACCUUCAUUUUGCGUCUGGGAAUUGGUGGAAGAAUAAUGAUGUGAAUAACAAUGUGCACCAAGCAGCCAUAUUCUGGGCAGGUGGCUAUCAAACCUUUGGUGAAACAUGUCAUCAUGAGACGUCGUGGGGAUAUAGCGAAGCCCUUGGGUCUGGAAGUUGGAACUCAGAAACCUUGGACACAGAUUUUGAUACCAACUCUAUCAGUGCCACAGUCGGCGGAUCAUCCUUUGGAACUUCCAUAUCUUCAUCGACCCUAAAAUACCGAUAUGAAAAUGGAAGAAGAUACCAUGGCUACCACAGCGGAUCGUACCUACUACCGAAUGACGAGGCGGAACAGGAGCGGCUGGAUCUCCAUCACCACAUAUUCCGUCUGACACUCGGCGGGCGACUCUUCCGCGCCCCCAUCACCGCGCAUCCCGAAAGGGUGUUAGAUUUUGGGACGGCAACGGGGAUUUGGGCCAUUGAUUUUGCCGACGAAUUCCAAUCCACCACGGUGAUCGGGAACGACUUGAGUCCCAUUCAACCGUCCUGGAUCCCUCCCAACUGCAAGUUUUAUGUCGACGAUGUCGAGAGCGAGUGGGUUUAUCUUCCCGAGGAAGCCACCAUGGCUAAAAGAAAGCCGGCGAACUCUGUGCUGCGUGGCAGCACAAAGAGAAUCUUGAACCCCAAUUUCCAAGUGAUAGGUUUCGUACAAAAAUCCGGCGGUUCCCCAGGUCCAAGGGUGCCAAACACGCAACGUCUAACAAAUAUCCUGCGAGACCUGCGUGGUUGA